AGCCCGGGCGCGGGGCGGCAGCGCGGGCGGGCCGGGCCGGCGCGGCGCUGGGGAGGCCGCCCGCUCCUCCGGCCGCUGCUGACGGGCCCCGGCCGCGCCGGGGAGGGGCUGCCGCGGCGGCCGCAGCCGGACCGAGCGGGGCUGACGCUGCCCGGCGGCCGCCAAGCCCGUUCCCGGCUGCCGGCGAUGAGCGACCCGGCGGAGGCGCGGGAGCUGGAGGAGCGGCUGCGGGAGGCGGCGGCGCUGGGGGACCUGGCGGAGGUGCGGCGGCUGCUGGGCGCGGGGGCGGACAUCAACUCCCGCAACGAGAUCAACGGCUGGACCUGUUUGCACUGGGCCUCGAAGCGGAACCAUGCUGAAGUGGUCUCCUGCCUGCUGGAUGCUGGUGCAGAUAAGCAGAUCCUCACCUCUAAAGGGGAGCUGGCUGCAGAGUUAACUUCAAAACCAGACAUCCGGAAGAUCUUGGGAGUAGUAGAGGAUGAAACUGAAAUUCAAGGAGUGAAGGCUUUAAAUUUGCCAAUUGUUGCAAACUACUUGGCCAACCCACCAUUCCCUUACGUUACCACCCAAGAAAGCAUUCCAGAGAGCUUGGCAGAAACCCAGAAUGAAAGUGCUUCCAUCUCUUCUGCUUCCCAGUGUGAAACUAGCCCUUGCUCAUCAGCAGCUCAGCUUGAAAGUAUAUGCACACCUACAUCCUGCAACAGCGAGGAUGACGUUCCUGCCCUAGACACUGCAGAACAGCUGCUGGUCCCGUCAGGAACGAGCCCGGCACCAAAAUGCACCGAGCCUGAAGCACAGAAUGGCCCCGUGUGCCAGCCCUGCUGGCCUGGCAGCCAAGGGAAGGAGGUGGCUUCUCAACAGCCUGUACCACUGCACUCUGACAGCUCCCCCCCUGGUCCUGCACCAGCCUUUCAGCCCUUUUUCUUUACUGGAACUUUCCCAUGUAACAUGCAAGAACUUGUGCUGAAGGUGAGAGUCCAGAACCUGAGAGACAGUGACUUCAUUGAAAUUGAACUGGACAGACAAGAACUGACCUACCAAGAUCUGCUCCGAGUGAGUUGCUGUGAAUUGGGUGUCAAUCCAGAACAAGUAGAGAAGAUCAGAAAAUUGCCUAAUACACUAGUAAGAAAGGACAAGGAUGUUGCCAGACUUCAGGACUUCCAAGAGCUGGAGUUAGUUCUUGUGAAAAGUGACAGCACUCCUUUCAGAAAUGCUGCAUCAACUUUGACAGAGAGAUCAUGCUACAACAGUAGAGCAUCAAAGCUGACCUACUGACUCUUCUAGAUGCAUCUAGAGUAUGAAGACCUGGUAAUUCUAUGCUGCCACCUUUUUGAAGGCAGUGAAUUAAGCAUAUGUAAAAACCUUAAGUUAUUGUUAGGGUUACUAUUUUAACUAAUAGUUUAUAUUUUAUAUUUAAUACCCCCUUUGCUUUUAUUUUUUUACUUGAUACUGUAUUCAGAUAAGGGAUACCUCAUUUGUCUACUAAAAUCAUAUGCUUCCAGUGUAUUUCAAUGAAGUUUGUUGGUUGUAUUUGGCAACAAAGGGCAGGAAAGACUUAAUUAUUGCUAUGAAAAGCAUGUUGAUUACUCCCACUCUAUGACCAAAUAAGACUAAUGGAAAAGAGAUUCAGGAAAUUGUAUGGGGGGGGGGGGUGUGUGUGUAUAAAUAUAUAUAUUUUAAACUUCCUGAUUAAGUUGAACAUCAGGGGGUAUUUGGCAUACAAUCAACAGUUGCUCUUGUCUUUAAUCUCUUGCCCCUUCACAAAGACUUUACCAAGAUGCAGUGUAGUGCCUGCUGGGGACAGAAAUCUUGAAUGCUGUGUAGUGACAGGCAAAAACUGUCACUGGGCUGAAAAUAAGUGGAAUAAGUGUCCACAUUUAAAUGUUUGUUUCCUUCCAGUAUGAGAAUAUAGGAACUUCAGUGAUGGCCUCCCUCCACAAAAAAUAUGUAAGCCUCUUUUAAUUCAGCAUUAGUCACAAAGCAAAAGAAAGCCUGUAUGUUUCAGGAGCUCAGGAGGGAGACCAAAGCUGUGGCCAUGGUUUAAUUUAUUUAUUUAGUUUUCCUAACGGUGUGAGAUGAGGCUUUACUCACACUAGAAGUCAGUACUGUUAAGUCAGCUACCUUCUUUAAGGCCCACCUUCACAGACCAGGGCAUGUGGUUGGUUUCUGCCCUGUGAGCAGCAGAAGCACAAAUGUAUACUCUUGAGGCAUCAGAACUGCAAGGAGCAUAACAAGCUCUUGAUUAGCCAUCCUAAACUGGAAAUACACCCCGUUAGCAAAUGGGGUAAAAAGCUUCAGCCAGAUGAGCACUGAUGAAAGGGCUAAAUGCCUCCAGGUGCUGUCAAUUGAUUUUUAUUUUGGGGGUGGGGGGGUAAACCAACCCAUGAGGCUGGUUAAGCUACAAACUGCUUCAAUUGCAUUUAAGCAGAGCAGUAGAGAAAACAUCAAUCUGUGGUUUAUGUAUGGAAAAAGUAAUCAUUGGAACACAGCAUGAAGUCGCUCCCUUUCAGUACAAAGCUGAGUUGCAGCGUAAGAGCCUGACGCUUUUCCUGUUCACAUGGUCAUCUGCAGUUACACCUUAGGAGGCUUUUUGGUUUCUUUUGGACCAAAAACUGCAAUGAUGACCUUUGCACCAAAAACCAUAACUGAGUACUGGGGUGGGUGAAGGAGGGUUUUUUCCCCCUGGACAUGAGCUGCUUCCCCCUCACCCCUCCUGCCCUUGUACUAUUGAUUUUUCCUUCCAUCUCUUGCUUGAUUAAGCUGCACUAGAGCAGAGCUUAUGCACAGCUGACGCAGUGUUUGUUGUUGUUGACAUUCAGACCAUAAAUAGUACAAUCAACAUGUUUUGGUAGGAGCAGCAUGGCUACCCACCCCCCCCCCAUCUUAGCCUCCUGCAGCACAGCUGCACUUCACUCUAAGGGUGGUGAGGAACUGGAAUGGGUUGCCCAGGAAGGUCGUUGAUGCCCCAUCCCUGGAGGUUUUUAAGGCCAGGUUGGAUGAGAUUUUGUGUAACCUGAUCUAGUGGUAGGGAGGGUUCCCUGCUUAUGGUAGGGGGGUUGGAACUAGAUGAUCUUUAAGGUCCCUUCCAACCUUAAUGAUUCUGUAAUUUAUCCCUGAAGUGGCUCCUCCAGGCAAGGUUAGCAAAAGCCUGCAGGUGAGAAGGAUAUAGAAGCCCCUUCUGCCAGAAGGGUGACUCUGGGUUCAGGAUUUCACCAAGUUACUCUAGGCUUAAAAUUCCUGCUCAGUGCAUUCAAAAUAGUGAUGAUCCUUUCCUCCUUGCUGCACAUACAUCUUAUCUCUUCAACUCUUCUAACUCCCCCUUCUCAGUCCUGGCCCUUCCCUCUCCAGGAGCUGGGCUACUUUGAAGCCCAAUUCAACUCCUGGCAAGCUCAAGACUGUAACACAGUAUGAAGUAAAAUUUCCUAACUCUGGCUCCUGCUUUGUUUGUCUUGUAGGACAGGAAAGGACUUUAAUUUUAACAAUUGUUCAUUUAUCUUUUCAGCACAGCUUGGAGACUAGUUCAGAUUAUGUGCAAUAACUGUUUGAAAAACAGUAGUAGUUAAAUGGCUCAAAAUUAAGAGUAUCUAAUAUCUUUUCAGUUCCUUUGUUCAGGAAAUCAGUGUUAAGAGCCUCCACUAAUUACUAAACAUUCAGCUAGAGGAGCAGCUGGUUUAAAUAAGCUUUAUUUGCUAGUUUCCACAAAGAGUAACUGUUAAUGUGGUUAGACUAAAACUUUAAUCAUGAUCUGACUGUAACAGUAAGUCUAUGCAUUCAGAGAAAUAUUUUUAUAUGUUUUAUGCAGUUUGAUAAACUCUAAGGCACACUACUUAACAUUAACUGUUUUUUGUUUGGUUGGGUUUUUUCUUUGAACAAUAAAUUAUUGGUAUGACAACUGAAACUAUGUUUACAAAACUUACUGUUCUUCCAAGGACAACUUUUGUUUGCACUACAAACUUGUACUGAAUUGACAAUGCUACUCUUCACUGAUUAAUUAAAGUACCAGUUGUUUCAAGUA